AUGGAAGAUGUUUGGGUGGAGCUACGGGCCCCGCGGUUUGUCGUACACGGCCACAGCGCCGUGCUACGAUGUGAGCACAACGUUGACGCCCAAACUUUAUAUAAGGUGGUGUUUUUUAAGAGCGGUCAACGUAUCAUGCAGUAUGUACAGGGCCGAGACCCGCCCUACGAGCUAUACAAUUUUACAGGUGCCGAUAUAAAUGUGGUGUUUUUUAAGAGCGGUCAACGUAUCAUGCAGUAUGUACAGGGCCGAGACCCGCCCUACGAGCUAUACAAUUUUACAGGUGCCGAUAUAAAUAUUGAUCUCAAUAUCAGUCAGUUAAUCAAUCUCAGAAAGUUAGUCAAGUCAGUA